GUGUAAAGACUUUGUUAAAUGGUGCAAUGAUCCCGUUGAUGAGAGUGAUUUGCAGCCUCCAGCGUUUAAGUAUCCUGAAUGUGUGUGUCCUGCUGGUGUGUGUAAAAAGGUUAAAGCAAUGCAGAACCUUGGUUCAGUUAAAUACUGUUUUACUUGCCCUAUUAAACAGGGCCAAGGAUCUUGCGGUUAACUUGUGUGGGAGGAUGAGUUGCUAGAUAAUGAAAGCACCGGGAGAGUGCGGCAAAGCUGUAAAAGAACUAUUAAUGGUUUUGGAGAAGGCAACCAAAGUGAUCAAACUGACAAUGAAUUGGUUAAAAGGGGCAAUUUGCUAGUAAAUCAUUCCAAAAAGAUGAGAAUCAUGGAAAGUUCUGAGGACUCAACGUUGAUGGAUGUAUAUGACGAAGAACUUGAAGAGAGAGAAGAUGCAGUACUAGAGGAAACACCACCAUUAUCUUGUUUAUCAGCUGCUUCAAGGAUCAGUGGUGGACACGCUGUGUUUCCAAGGCACAAGUUUGCUGUUGCUGAUACAUCAUUUGGUUUUUGUUCAAUGAAUUGGUUAGGUCGCCUUAUUUUCUCUAGUCCACCACAAAGCUUGAAAUUCCCCUCAUCUCAUCAGAUUUUCUGCUAUGUUUUCCCAUCCUUUAAUCCAAUAGGUGUUCCAAAACAAGCAAGUAUUCCUGAUGUUGAUCCUUGUGGUGAACAUAACCGGCUUGAUAUUAUCAAUCUCAGCAAACAAACCCAACUUUCAAGUGUUUGUUAUACUGAGUUAUCUAAAGAUGUUUUUAGCCCUAGCAAAUCAGUAAGCGGUGAAAGAAAACCAAUGUCAAGGGCACAAAGGCAAAGACAAGUGGCUUUCGUUGCACAACAGCAGCUUCUCAUUGAUCUAAUAACCUUGGAGCCUCACCAGCAUGAGUCAAUGAAAUUGGCAGCACAUGACACUUUCUCUUUAUUAGACGACAUAGGCCCAAAUGACGAACAAUUCUAUGAUCUUAUCUGGCAUUUCAUAAGUCUCACAUCAUCGGUUGCACAAUUGAACAAAUCCAUUCAAUGUUCCCUUUCUCCUGAGGAACACAGUAAAUGCCUUGAGGAGGAGAAAGCUAAGUUUGCUCACAUUCACAACCUCUAUGUGAAAACCGAAUCUCUGUUCCAAGCUUCUGAGCAACGUAGACAAUCACUUUGUAGAGAGAUCUCUCACUUUGAGGCCAUACUUUUUGAGAAACAAAACCAGUUGAAGUCCUAUGAAUUGGAAACUUUUAACAUAGAAACUGAACUUGGUGAUUUGAGAAGAACUAUGUUGGAAGCUGAUAAUGCCUUGAAGGCUAGAACUGAACAAGCAAAGGUAGCAAGGAAACUCAGGGAAGAGAAAAAAGCAAAACAAAUUGAAGCCAAAACAACACUGGAGAAGGCCGUACUUGAAUUAGAAUAUUAGUAUAGUAUUCAUUAAUAAUAUAUUAGCAUUUAACUUAUGAAAGUGUACGAACUAGCGUAGUAGUAAAUAGUGUUAGAGGGAUGUAAUCACAAUGGUACGUUUUAGUUGGGGGACAACUUUCGCUUCAUAAAUUAGAU